CUCCUUUCAUAGUGUUAUAGUAAAUCAUUAAACAUGAAAUGAACUUCUGAGCUCACCCUAUGUACAUUUCCAAUGGUGAAAGAAACUAAACAAGAAGAAAAUAUAGGAUUCUGUUCCAUGUGUCUGUGGCUUCAGAGACAAGGGCACUUCUUUCCUCCUGAGAUGGGGAGGGUACCUCUGCAAUGAAAGUUGUAUGACCUAUGAAGAAGAAGGGCUGAAGAAUUUUCUGUUCCUUCAGAUGAUAGAGAAAAUUUCUACCCUAUUUCAUAAUAUCAUUAAAGAGAUAUUUGGAGCCAAGUCAAUUUUCUGUUACAUAUAAUAAAGAAUGGCAUACAGUUGGCAAACAGAUUUAAAGCCUAAUAAAUGCGAUGAAGAUCAGUCUGAACAUCAAGAAUUUCAUCUUGUAACUCAACCCAUGCCUUCUAGACAUGUCCGUCUGGGUUUUGAUCAUCUCAUAGAUGAAAUCAGUAAUAAAAUUCCAUUCUGUCAGGGUGAAAUUGAAGAAAACACCUUUUUUGUGUCCAAUGCAUCAAACUGGGACACAAAAAGGCAUUCAUUGGAUAGAACACACCAAAUAUCCUUGAAUGAAUUCACUUCUGAAGUCCCUGAGUUCUCCUGGCAUCAAGUUGGGAAAACAUCAGCUAUUGGUUUUGAUGCUUCUGUGCUACCAAAACCUCAAAUCAUGAAUAAAGAAAGCACCUGGGAAAACUCCAUAGGAAAAUAUCAUGAUGUUGAGGACUCCAGAUUCAAUAUUUUAACUCCAUCAUCCACUAGUUUGCAUAAAAUUAGUACACAAAGAGAAUUGGAAAAUGAAAAUCAUAACUACUAUAUAGGAUUUGAAAGUACCAUUCCUCCUGUUUACCCAUCCUUCCCAAAUGACAUCAUGCCAAAAGAAGAGAACAAAAGAGGAAGCAUGAACAUUGGAGAACCUUCUCCAAUGUUCAUUAAAGGUUCUUUUCUACCCAAGACAAGGAAAAUCGUAUGGCCAGAAAACAUUGAGCUUAUAGGUUGUUCCAUUCAAAUAGAUGAAAUACCUCAAGGCAGUAAUACAACCCUGGCUUCCUUUUGUGACAAAGUUAAAAAACUGAGAGAGGCAUAUCAUGCAGCUGACAUUAAUUCCAACUCUGGAAGGAUCUGGAGCACCACUACAGCAUUUCCAUUUCAGCUCUUUUCUAACACUAAGUUCAAUAUAAGUAUUUUGGCUGAUAACUCAACACAACUACUUCAUCUUAUGCCAGAUGCUAAUUAUCUUGUCAAAGACCUAAUUGAAGAAAUUCUACAUUUAUGCGCCAAUGACCAGCUCUUCCCCAAAGACCAUCUUCUGAGCAUAUGUGGUUCUGAAGAAUUUUUACAGCUUGAUCACUGUUUGGGGAGCCACAAAAUAUUUCAGAAAGAUAAAUCCAUCAUUCAACUUCAGCUACAGAAAAAUAGGGAAGUUCCAGGAAAGUUAUCGAGAAAGAAUGAGGACGACCACUGUCAGUUUCACCCAAACCAACUUCUAGAGUUUACGCACGUUUGGAAAGUAUCCAGACAAUGCCUCUCAACAAUAUUAAAAAAAUAUGAUUUCCACCUGAAAUACCUAUUGAAAACCCAGAAAGAUGCAGAGGAGAAAAAUUUGUCACCCAUCUCUUCUAAUGUUCAAAAUACUUUACAGCAAUAUGCAGAUGAUGUUAUUGAAGAAACUAAAAAUAUAUGCAGUGUUCUGGGGUGUGUGGAAAUCAAACAAAUUACAGAUGCAGUGAAUGAACUAAAUCUAAUUCUUCAAAGGAAAGCAAAGAGUUUUCAUCAAAAUUCACAGACUUUAGCAAAAGGCUUUAUAGAGAGAGUGACAACUGAACUGUCCAUGUCCAUCUACCAGCUAAUUGAUGCCUAUUGUCACAGCUUUUAUGCAGAUUUUCAGCCUGUAAAUGCACCUGGAAGCAUUUCCAGAGUAAAUCCUGGACUCCAUUCCCAUCUCAGCUUCACUGUCUAUGCAGUGCAUAACAUUCCUGAGGCCUGGGUGGGCAGCUAUAAAGCAUUUUCUUUUUCCUGCUGGCUUACAUAUGCUGGAAAGAAGCUGUGCCAAGUGAGAAACUACAGAAAUAUUCCAGUCAAAAAAUUGUUUUUUUUCUUGGUCAACUGGAAUGAAACGAUCAAUUUUCCUCUUGAAAUAAAAUCACUUCCAAGGGAAUCCAUGCUUACUAUAAAACUGUUUGGAACUGACUGCACAACCAACAAUGCAAAUUUACUGGCCUGGACCUGUCUUCCAUUGUUUCCAAAAGAAAAAUCCAUUCUCGGGUCUCUGCUUUUCAGCAUGACAUUACAGAAUGAGCCUCCCAUAGAACUGAUAGCUCCAGGAGUGUGGGAUGGAAGUCAGCCAUCCCCAGUGACCCUGCAGAUUGAUUUUCCAGCUAUUGGUUGGGAGUAUAUGAGACCUGAUCCUGAAGAGAAUACAACCUAUCUUGAAGAACCAACCAAAGAGUGUUUGAAACAUAUUGCCAGACUUUCACAGAAACAGUCUCCUUUACUACUCUCUGAAGAAAAGAGAAGAUACUUAUGGUUUUAUCGCUUCUACUGCAAUAAUGAAAACUGCUCGCUUCCUUUGGUCCUGGGUAGUGCCCCUGGAUGGGAUGAAAGGACUGUUUCAGAAAUGCAUACCAUCUUAAGAAGAUGGACAUUUUCUCAUCCUUUGGAAGCACUCGGACUUUUGACUUCCAGUUUUCCAGAUCAAGAAAUUCGUAAAGUGGCAGUUCAACAAUUAGACACCCUCUUGAAUGAUGAACUACUGGAAUAUCUCCCACAGCUGGUUCAGGCUGUCAAGUUUGAAUGGAACCUUGAAAGUCCUUUGGUGGAACUCCUACUACACCGCUCCUUGCAAAGCAUCCAGGUGGCCCAUCGUCUUUACUGGCUGCUAAAAGAUGCACAGAAUGAAGUUUAUUUUAAAAGCUGGUAUCAGAAGCUGUUGGCUGCUCUCCAAUUCUGUGCAGGAAAAGCCUUGAAUGAUGAGUUUUCUAAGGAGAGGAAACUUAUCAAAAUUCUAGGAGAUAUUGGAGAAAAAGUCAAGUCUGCCAGUGACCCUCGAAGACAGGAGGUACUAAGGAAAGAGAUUGGCAGACUAGAAGAAUUCUUUCAAGACGUUAAUAGCUGUCAUCUUCCUCUGAACCCUGCCCUGUGUAUCAAAGGGAUUGAUCAUGAUGCAUGUUCAUAUUUCACAUCUAAUGCUUUGCCAUUGAAGAUUACUUUCAUCAAUGCUAAUCCAAUGGGCAAUAACAUCAGCAUUAUUUUCAAGGCUGGAGAUGAUCUUCGCCAGGAUAUGCUUGUUCUGCAGAUUAUUCAAGUGAUGGACAACAUUUGGCUUCAGGAGGGUCUAGAUAUGCAUAUGAUCAUUUAUAGAUGUCUAUCCACAGGAAAAAGCCAAGGACUGGUGCAGAUGGUGCCUGAUGCCGUAACCCUUGCAAAGAUCCAUCGCCAUUCUGGGCUGAUAGGACCCCUGAAAGAAAACACCAUCAAAAAGUGGUUCAGCCAGCACAACCACUUAAAGGCAGAUUAUGACAAGGCCUUGAGGAACUUUUUCUAUUCUUGCGCUGGCUGGUGUGUGGUAACGUUCAUCCUGGGAGUUUGUGACCGUCACAAUGAUAAUAUCAUGCUGAUAAAGUCAGGCCACAUGUUUCAUAUUGACUUUGGAAAAUUUUUAGGUCAUGCACAAACAUUUGGAGGGAUAAAAAGGGACCGAGCCCCUUUUAUUUUUACUUCAGAGAUGGAGUACUUUAUUACAGAGGGUGGGAAAAACCCACAGCAUUUCCAAGAUUUUGUGGAACUUUGCUGUAGAGCAUAUAAUAUUGUCAGAAAACAUAGCCGACUGCUCUUGAACCUGCUAGAAAUGAUGCUACAUGCAGGAUUGCCUGAGCUAAGUGGAAUCCAAGACCUGAAAUAUGUGUAUGAUAAUCUUCGUCCACAAGACACAGACCUGGAAGCAACAAGUCAUUUUACCAAGAAAAUAAAGGAAAGUCUGGAGUGUUUCCCUGUUAAACUGAAUAACUUGAUCCACACACUUGCACAAAUGUCAGCCGUCAGCCCUGCCAAGUCUACUCCACAGACUUUUCCCCAGGAAUCUUUUCUGCUGAGUACAACCAGGUCGAUUCAAAGAGCAACAAUUUUAGGGUUCAGCAAGAAACCCAGUAAUCUGUAUCUGAUCCAGGUGACCCACAGUAACAACGAAACAAGCCUGACAAAAAAAUCAUUUGACCAAUUUUCAACACUCCACAGCCAACUCCAGAAGCAGUUUGCCUCAUUGACUCUCCCAGAGUUUCCUCAUUGGUGGCACUUACCUUUUACAAAUUCAGAUCACAAAAGAUUCAGAGAUCUUAAUCAUUAUAUGGAACAGAUACUAAAUGGAUCACAUGAAGUUGCAAAUAGUGAUUGUGUACUCAGUUUUUUCCUCUCUGAACCUGUGCAACAUGCAAUUGAGGAACCUUCACUUUUGGACCUAGGUGAGAAGUUUCCAGACAAGAAUCCUAAGGUACAGUUAGUGAUAUCGUAUGAGGAUAUGAAGCUGACCAUACUAGUGAAACACAUGAAAAACAUCCAUCUCCCAGAUGGCUCUGCGCCCAGUGCACAUGUUGAAUUUUAUCUUUUACCAUAUCCCAGUGAAGUUCGUAGGAGGAAAACAAAAUCUGUUCCGAAAUGUACCAACCCCACUUACAAUGAAAUUGUAGUAUAUGAUGAAGUCACAGAGCUCCAAGGACAUGUCUUAAUGCUUAUUGUGAAGAGCAAAACUGUAUUUGUGGGAGCGAUUAACAUCCAACUCUGCAGUGUCCCACUCAAUGAAGAAAAAUGGUAUCCCCUAGGAAACAGUAUAAUCUGACCAUUGCUAUGAAAAUAUGCAUUAUUCAUUAACUACUUGUAAUUUUUUCACUUAGAGGUCUCUCUGUCACAUAAGCAGGACAUCUUUAUUAUCAAAGAUAGCAUAGGGUAUUAAGGACAUAAGAAAAAGAAAUCACAAUCAGUCUUUUCAAACUGCUUAUUCUCUAUUCUUACUUUCCUUGUUUUUUUUAGAAUCUUAUCUUCUUAAAUGGAGUGCUCAUUGUGUACAAUUCAGUGUGUAAAAUAGUAAAAAGAAUUAAUUUUAAUACAUAGAUUAAUUCAAACAUACUUUCACAUUUUGUCUUGUUUGCCUAGGGUAAAAAGCAAUGCUUGUAUUUUCCCAGAAAUACUAUCAAAUCAAUAAAUCUUA